AUGGAUAGUUUUGGUUGGGGCAAGACUAGAAAGGUCAUCGUUGACAUUCCUGAGGAACAACUACAAGAGAAGCAGAACAAUAGGGAUACUGGCAGUGGCUCUAAUUCAUUGCCGGGGACUUUUAGUAGCGAUCAGAGAGAGGAGAUUGCUACAAGUGCAACGGCCAGAAAGCCGGCGGAAGCUUACACGCUCGUACCUUGCUUGACUAGUAUUGACCACAUGUUCUCCUGUCAUAGCUCGUCAGCCCGGCAUAACACUCCGUUCCCGUCCCUAGCCACCUUGCCGAUCCGUAUUUCUCGCGCUUCAACUAUUAGUGUCUCUUUCGAUGAUUAA